AUGUCGUCCAACAGUAGCUAUUACCAGAACAACCAGCAAACCUCCGCAAAGCAGUAUAGCGGGUAUCAAACUGCGCCGGCCUCGAGCAACGAUAUGCAACCAUCACGGCAGUACCAGCAGACGCCUUCGGUAGCGACAACUCAGUCCCAAGAGUAUGUGGGUUACAAUUCGUAUAGUGAACAAGGAAACACGAAUGGAGAGGGACAGGAUGGCUUUUGGGGUAGUGGGAGCUAUGGGGAGAAUUGCGAUUUGUCGAGUCGCGCGGCGGAAGCCCUGCGGAGUCUAAGUAAUACCGCAUACGCUCGCACUGAACUCCCAGUGCUCCCGUUGCAGCAACACUCUCAUGCGUCACAUACAACAUAUGGAAAAGCCCAGCCACGUCCGCGCAGCGUAAGCCCCAACCUUUCGCAGUCUACUUCGUCUCGUGGUCUACCGCCUCCUGCGACCAGUGCCGGAUAUCCCUCUCAGCAAGCACAGGCUCUCUACAAUCAACAACAGAAGCAGUCCGCGUCAGCUGUCCAAGACCAGUACUCUCAUAGCACCAUGACGCCUGUGAGCACGGCUAUGACGGCGGCAACUCAAUACCAAGACUACAGCCCUAGGCAGCCUUCAAGCGUGGACACCGCCCAGAAGGUGCAGAAGGUGCUGAACCCUGCCAUAGCCCCGUCGUAUUCAUACGGGGAUACGCAGAUUGCUGCUCCUAUUGAACAGACACCUUCAUCUAUUUCCGUUUCGGAACAGUACAACAACCCGAGCACAAUAACAGUGGACCCAAUUGCAGUCUAUGAUCCCUGGUCCGAGUAUCAAAGGAAACAAGAAGCUCUUCGCAUGCAAAAGGCCGCCGAGGAUGCCGCCCGCGCUGAGGAAGAGCGAAAGAAAGCAGAAGAAAAGGAGAAGACCGAGCAGGAGAGGCGGGAAAUAGAAGCACAAGUGCCAGUUGCACUCCCUCCGAGCCAAUCUUUACCAAGGAAGGGCCCGUCGGGCAAAACAACCCUGCAUCAACAGUCCCCUGCAUCCGAACGCCCAGCCGCUGGAGGGUCUUCCAAUGGCGCUGCUGUAAGCCUAGAAGCUGAAAUGAGGGCCAUGCUGUCCAAAAUGAGGGAGUUGAGCGGAAAAGAUCCCGCGCUUCUAGCGCGUAUUUGGGAAGAAGAGAGGCGCGCGAAAGGUCCAAAAUCUCCUACUGUGCAGAACAAGGCUACCCCGCAACCGGCUACCGCGCAGCCUGUGCAAGCCAAUGCAUCUAGAACGGCAAAGCCACAGGAAGUGGUCACCAAGGAGACAACUACAAGUUCCACUUCUGCAUACUCCCACUCUCAUGCACCGUCGGGAGUAACUAUGGCCCCAGUUACCAAAACACAUACUCCUGCAUCUACUCCUUCCACCAAAGCUGUGCCAGCUGUGCCAUCUUCGUCUCGUCCUGUUGGAAAUACUAUUUGGCCACCUGAGAAGAAGGCCCAGCUUGCGAAUGCGGCCUCCAGUUAUCUCAAUUUGCGGAACAAAGACAAGCCAAUAACUAGUGAGACUAUCCUUAGUAUGCUGGAUAGCAAUCCUUCUUACAUUGAAUUAUGUGAACAACUAGAGUCGAUGCAACUAAAGCUGGAUCGAGCCGGGUUCGCCAAGAAUCUCCUCACCGCAGUUCCGGAUGUCAAUUCGGGGCCCCGCCAGUCUCAGGCCAAUCAAGCCCGAAAGGCUCAAAUUCAGCGGCAUUCACUUAGCAGUACUUCACAACAAAAUGGUAACAUUGGGCAUCGAGUGCAGGUUCAGUCACCUGCCGUCACCACUGCCUCACCCCACCACCUAAAGAACCAGUCUAUUCCCCAGAACCGAAAUAGUGCUACUCCUGCUGCAGUCAUUUCGCACUCAUCUGUGGCGGUGGCCGAAGUGGUCCCCGUCAAGGCAGGGUUGAAGGCGCCAGUAAACAAAGAAGAGGCUGCACGGAAGCGCACCUUCGACGAUCUAAUCGACUUAACCCUGCCGUCUGAGGAGGAGGAUGGACCACCAUCAAAAAAGUCAAAUGUUAGCUCUACUAUAUAUUCCUACACUUCCCCGGGAAGUACUCCCGCAAACCUCAUGAACAACAGCGACGGCAUGACGGGUACACACAUUCCUACUCCAGCCAUUCCAUCGCCAGCUACUAUGAGCCACGUCUCCUCACUACCGGCAAAUGACUUAAAAAUGAGGAACAUCGUUCAGCAGAUUGAUAAGAAGAAUGCUCUACGCCGAAACUCUUACAACAUCAAAACAAUUGCAAGAGAUGUGCUCUUGGCUUGUGGAAGGCACCCAGAUGAGCGACAAUUGAAUGGCCACUUGGAGAUCCUUAAAAUUCAUUUACCGCAGGUGGACAACAACAGCGAUUUAAGUACACUUAGGUGGGAUAUUAUCGACCCUGGGGACCCUCCGAGAGGAUUUUACAAAGACCAAUCUCAAAUUUUGGAAGUGAACGAUGCGGAUGACGAAGAUAGUGAAGAUGAACGCGGGAUAGACAAGAAACGUGCCCCGGCGCGACAGGAGGCUAGGAAUAGUGGAGUGAGUGAUACGGUCCGUGCGCUUCCCGAAGCCACCAAUCCAUUCAAGAUCAAGCGACGCGGGCGUCCACCCCGACACUCGUUCCCACAAGAGUCCAGUCGCGACUCGUCGCAACACAUCAAUAUCCCACGCCGUUCCUCUGGCAUUCCCCUUAAAGAUAUGAGUGCACCCCGCCCAAAUGCAGCAGCAGUCGGCUAUUCUGCUUUCCGUUCUACGACGGAGAGUGUCGGACCGGAUGGGAACCCGUUACCCAAGAAGAAGGGACGACCAGUUGGGUGGCGUAAACAUAUUCACGGCUCGGCUGCUGCGCAAGUAAGGCCGACCGCAAAUGGACAUGCCGGCCCAAAGAACUGGACUCCGUCACAACCUAGUAGUCUCCGCAAUGUCAGAACUGGAAACGACCACCCGAUUGUGAUCCGCUCCCGGUCUCCAAGUAUCGCCAACCGCCCUUCUAUACCUAGAUACCAGAGUUUCAAGUGUAAGUGGCAGGGUUGUCAAGCCGACUUGCAUAAUCUAGAGACCCUCAAGAAGCACGUCCAAAAAGUGCAUCGUAAAGAGACGUUACGGGGAAUGCUGGAGUGUCUCUGGGGAGAUUGUGGGAGGGAAAUCACCAGCAGGGAUACUGUUACCGGGUUUACAGUUGAGAAGGCCACCCCAUUCAGCUUCCCAGACGAAGGUAAAUGGAGAGAACACUUGGAAUUGAGGCACUUUGGUCCGCUUUCGUGGAAUCAAGGUGAUGGGCCGGCUAGUGGCCUCUCAGACGCAAAUGAUCCUGCCUCCGAGGCCUACCUUAGUGAUGCGCAAGGUCGCCGCGUUACUCCACGUAUAACCGCCGAUGCCUCACAUGUCAGCGAAGAAUCCCUCAAGACAACUCCACGGAGCCGCGGCAGGCCACGAAAAGUUACAACCAAGCAGGAAGCGCAGGACAAACUCAACCAAGCAAUCGCUCGGAAGAGGCGGCUUGGCGCGCCGGGGAUGGAGAAGAGCGGCUCUACGCUCGCCAACGAGAAGCGGCGGAGAGGCUUCGUCGACCAGGACGACCUAGAAGGCGGAUAUAAGGUGGUUGAUGUCUCUGACUAG